AGUCGCAUGCACUGUGUGUACGGUGUGCGUCAUUACGGGUAAGCCAACUUUACCAGUCAGGGAGUACAGUAGGUCUACAGUGGCUGUCAACUAAUUAACGUGAUGGAUGACGACUGCGGGAGAUCUAACUGCGCGAGAAAUACAUUUGAGAUAGCCAACCAUCCUCAGGAGAAUAGCCCUAAUUUCUCCAAAGAGAUGUCGCAGGUUUAACUCGUUUAGAUCCGCGUCAGUAAUCCAACUGCGGCGCAGAUCUUCCCUCCUCACCACACUAGACAGGUGAACGAAAGCAGCACAAUGUUAUCCAAGCAAUGAAUCCUGCGAAUUUCACUAGAACUGGAAGGAAAACAGAAGAAUAUAUAUUUGCGGUUGGUACUUACAAACUCCUUGCCUUUGCUAUCGGAACAAUUGGAGUCUUCGGAUUUUGCAACAAUAUUAUUGUCAUCAUGCUGUACUACAGAUUCAAGAGACUCCGGACGCCCACAAAUUUGUUAAUAGUAAACAUAAGUAUAAGUGACUUGUUGGUGUCUGUCCUUGGAAUUAACUUUACGUUUGUUUCGUGCAUCAAAGGCGGAUGGGACUGGAACGCGGCAACAUGCGUCUGGGACGGAUUCAGCAACAGCUUAUUUGGCAUCGUGUCCAUCAUGAGUCUCUCAGCUCUGGCCUACGAGCGCUACAUCCGGGUGGUCUAUGCUCAGGUGGUGGACUUCCCCUGGGCCUGGAGGUGCAUCACCCACAUCUGGCUCUACUCCCUGGCCUGGACAGGGGCCCCUCUCCUGGGUUGGAAUCGUUACACCCUGGAAAUCCACCAGUUAGGCUGCUCCCUGGACUGGACAUCCAAGGACCCUAUCGAUGCCUCCUUCAUUCUCCUCUUCCUCCUGGCCUGCUUCUUUGUCCCUGUGGGCAUUAUGAUUUACUGCUACAUGAACAUUCUCUACACGGUGCGAAUGCUCCGCUCCAUCCAGGACCUUCAGACAGUGCAGAUCAUUAAGAUCCUGCGCUAUGAGAAGAAGGUGGCUGUCAUGUUCUUGCUGAUGAUCUCCUGUUUCCUGGUGUGCUGGACACCCUACGCCGUGGUGUCCAUGAUGGAGGCUUUUGGCAGGAAGAGCAUGGUCACCCCCGCCAUCGCUAUCAUCCCCUCCUUCUUCGCCAAAUCCAGCACGGCCUAUAACCCUCUCAUCUACAUGUUCAUGAGCAGAAAGUUCCGGCGCUGCUUGCUGCAGCUGCUGUGCUCCCAGCUCUCGUGGAUUCAGAGCAGCAUCAAGGACCGUCCCCUGGCCCGGAGCAUCGAGCGGCCUAUUCGCCCAAUCGUCAUGUCCCACCGAAGAGGCGGGGAACGACCAAAGAAGAGGGUGACCUUCAGCUCCUCCUCCAUUGUCUUCAUCAUUGCCAGCAAUGACGUGAACCACCUGGACAACAUGUCCAAGAGCGGCAGUAUGUCGUCAGAGGGCAUCCAGGUGCGGCCGCUGUGACAGAGCAUUAUGGGUACUGUAGUACAUCAUGCUACACCCAUGUCACUAUGGGAACUGACUAGUCACUUCAUAUCACAUGUUCCUCUGUAAACCUCAGAAUUUCCUCUCAUGAAACACAGAACCCAGAAGUUCCAAAUCACCCUUCUGACACAAGACUAUUGUUUUUCUUUUUAGCCUUUUCAAGAUCCAUCACUAUAAACUGUAGAGACUUAUUCCCAACCCUCUUUCACUGUGCAUCAGAAGGAACCAUCCCUUCCCUGUAACCGAAUGAUGUAGCUGUGAGUUUGUAACCUAUUUCUCUUGUCUUGAACAGCCUUUGACAUAGUCUCAUGCUGAGCUGAGUGUUUUUAAACAGUACCUCCUGUGUCAUAACGGAGGCCAGCAGUGUUAAUGGAGAAAGUUAUGUUGAUUAUUACUAUUUCCCUGGUUGGCAGCACUAUUGUGCUUAAUGAACUUACAGGGAAAAGCCUUACAAUAUUGCAGCAGCAUAUUCUGCACAACACUCUCUCUACCUUUGUCACGUCCAGAUACAUUAAAUAUAUCCUAUAUUCUGGGGUGAAAGUGGAUUUCAUUUCUUCCCGGUGCGAGGACCUCCUGUAUGUGUGCACGCACUUCAUUCUUUUUUUUUAUGGGCCUAUUUAUAGAAUUGCAUAUAUAAUCCCUAUUAAUUUAAUAGGAUCUCUAUGGGCCUAUUCAUAGAAUUGCAUAUAUAAUCCCUAUUAAUUUAAUAGGAUCUCUAUGGGCCUAAUAGUUCCGAUUUUGUUGUUUAACUUUUCAAAUGUAUUAGCCUACCUUUUAAUGUGGCAUAAACACAACCAGUCAUGAUGUUUUCAUCUGAUUGUCAAACAAUCACUUCAAAAGGUUAAUGUAGGCUUCCUGUGCAUGUUACCCAGGGACACGGCAGAACCAUUUCUUUUGACGUGCGGUAAAAAAUAGUUUAUAACUUCCGACAUUUGUUAGGCUAUUUGUUAAGGGAAUUUGUCUGUAAUUAGAUAUAUGCAGGUUGUCUUCUGUCAUUACUUGACGCUCGUCUAGAAUACUAAAUAAAGCCUUGCUCACCAGAAUAAUGUCCUAAACUGAUCAAUGCAUCAUCAACAAUAUAGUUGAUGUCUGUAAAGUUUCUCUAUCAUUUUUGCUUCUCUCAUAGAGCAAGGGACCAGAGUGAUAUUCCAUGCAACAUUUCCAAAUGAC